AUGUGCCAACGCAAGCGACAGCGAGGCUAUAUCUUCGCCGAUGAGAUCGAUCAGACCAGAGAUUUUAAUCUCCCUGCCAUAGUCAACGGCCUGAACAACAUCAAUGUCCCUUCGACAACCGAACCCCCCCGGUUCCAAACUCAGUCCACGUCUGAUGAUGCUGCACAUCAACUUCAGCCAACGAUUUGGUUGCCUGAAACCUGCCCCUCCGAUGAAUACUGCCAGUUGCUAGACGAUAAGGGGAAUAGGCUUGAGAAUUGCUCGAAACCAGCUAGACCACCCCUAAAACGAGGGCAACGAUAUCCUUGCUUUGUGGAUGUGCCGCGGAAAAGAAAGACGAUGCGAAAGUUUGCUAGUGCUGGUGUGACGGAAUCCGGGACACCACCAAGAGAAAUUUGUUGUCGAGAGCGCAGCUCAGAACAUCACGCACAGUCUUGCGUGGGAUCAAACGAUCUAGGGGACCAUAACAAAGAACCUCAAUCGACCAAAUUCACGAUCAACUUAGAGAAGCCUUCACUUUCUCAAGAUCCAACUGACGCUACUUGCGCUACGCAACAAGAUGCUGAAAUGUUAGACUGUUGGUCAGAUCUGAGAUCCCAGGAACAGGAAGUACCACCCGAAGAGCAAUGUCCUGUCUGCCUCGAAGAUUACGAAUUGAAGAUUAGGCUCAUACCCUGCGGUCACACAAUGUGUUUGGAGUGCUUUAGUGCUUGGAUGGCUCAUCGCGUUUCCCUCGGACAUGACUGCAGUUGUCCUGUAUGCAGAACAACCAUACAAGGUGUUAAUUACUCCUAG